AUGACGGAAAUACCGAAAAUUCACGUCAGGUGGUGGCAUUCGACUCACGGCCUAGCCCAUAUGGAACUGCUUGCUACACCAUCAGCCAAGAUAUCCACGCAAUCAUGGACCAAGCUCACUCGAGAUGAGUCCGAUAGAUGUGAGGCAGCUUGGCAGGAGCUGAGCGAGGAGGAGAAGCGGGCGUCUAUCGAGACAUCCGAGCCAGAAGAACCAAGUCCUUCAACCGGCGAAGAUGGAGAGGACCCUCUGAUUCUAGGCGUGCCAAUAGGAAAAGAGAGAUUAUUCGAGUAUUCUGGAAGUUAUCCGGACCUCCUAUCAGAGUCAAAAGAUCUAUUUGGAUUUGACCAGCUGUUUGAUGUUCACAAGAAUCGGCCAGUAGAUGAGACUUUGGAGCGACAGUUAGAGGAAGCAUAUCGAACCAUUAAACCUUGGAAAGCCUCUUAUCAAGAAGAAGUUCUUGCUGCAUUACAAGUUGGACCAGCCGCAUAUGAAAAACUCAAGCACCCUUUGAACGGACAAGAAGGAGCAAUAUUUUUUGAUGACGCCAGCACAGCGCGACUUGUCUACAACUCCUUUGCAAAUCGUGUCUCUUCUGUAUUAUUUGGCACCCUCAGGGGGAGUCGGACCAACUCGCCUUAUCCUUCCGCAUCCAUGAUUCAUCGAGGGUAUGAUGAAGCCCUUCGUCGUACCGCGCCCCCUUCUAGACCAGUUUCUAUUUCUCCGUCACGUCCGGCAUCUGCCCAUUCUGAACUAUCUCCCAAAGAGAAGACUGAAAGGAGAAAAUCAUGGGACGCUAAAACAGUGAACACCAUUGCAACUGAGCGGGGUAGAAGGUCGACGGACUUCCCUGCUCCGGAUCAGGAUGGAACCAAAGCGGAGGACCAAAAUUCUCGAGCAAAAGAAGAAGCCUUCUCACCUCCAGAUGCCAAAGUUGGGGAAGGGAGCUCUCAUGAUGUUACUGAUCUCAUCCUG